AUGGCGUCCGUAUCCGAGUCGGCGCUUGUCGCCAUUGCCGCCCAGCUCAGCCAGGUCAUGGGCGCUCUCGAGAAGCAGAACAAUGAGCUUUCCGAGCUUCGCAACGAGUGCUCUGCUCUGCGCACCCAGAAUGCCAACAUGGAGCGUCUCCUCCAGGACAAUGUGUCCAAAUAUGACAACCGCAACCUCAGCCUCUCCCACCCCUCCCCCGCCUUGGAGACCUCAUCGCCUUUCCUCUCUGCCACCUCUCUCCCCCGCGUGACCUCUACUCUCACCUUCAAUCCUCCUGGCGACCAGCCUCUCUUUACUACCGCCUCACCCGCCUAUGAGAUUCCUGGCUUCUAUGUCGUCAUCCCCGCUGGCGGUGCCGGCACCCGUCUCUGGCCUCUGUCCCGCAAGAACCACCCCAAGUUCCUGCUCGAUGUCUCUCUCUCUGGCCGCUCCAUGCUGCAGGCCACCUGGAACCGUCUUGUUCCCCUGACUGGCUCCUCCCGCAUGACUGUCGUUGCCGGUCCUGCUCACGCCGAGGCCAUCAAGGGCCAGCUCCCCCAGCUAGAGAACGACAAUCUUUUCACCGAGCCGGGUCCCAAGGACUCCAUGGCCGCCAUCGGUCUCGCCGCCGCCAUUCUCGCCGACCGUGACCCUGAUGCCAUUAUCGGUUCCUUUGCUGCUGAUCACAUGAUCUCCGGCGAAGAUGCUUUCCUUGGGGCCGUUCGCGAAGCCGCCAACGUGGCAAAGUCUGGCUACCUCGUUACUAUUGGUAUCGCGCCGUCUCACCCCGCCACCGGCUUCGGUUAUGUCCAGCUCGGAAAGACUCUCAACGACCCCGCUGCUCCUAGCGCCCGUCUCGUCAGCUCCUUCAAGGAGAAGCCCGACGCUCGCACCGCCGCCAAGUACCUCGCCUCCGGUGAGUACCGCUGGAACGCCGGUAUGUUCGUCACCCGCGCUGCUACCCUCAUGGAGCUCGUGCUAGAGCACUGCCCUGAGCUCCACGCUGGUUUGGUCAAGAUUGCCAAGGUCUGGGACAAUGAAGUUGAGCGUGCCAGCGUCCUCGCUGAGGUCUGGCCUACCCUCGAGACCAUUGCCAUUGACAAUGCUAUUGCUGAGCCGGCUGCUGCUAAGGGUAAGGUGGCCGUCAUUCCCGCCACUUUCGGUUGGGACGAUGUCGGUGACUUCUCCUCCCUCUCCGAGAUGCUUCCCGCCGAGGCCAAUGCUCCUCGUGUUCUUGGUGACAGCGAACUCGUCGUUUCUGAACAGACCUUUGGUGGUAUCAUUGUUCCUGGCUCCGGCCGUCUUGUUGCUUGUUUGGGUGUUGACGAUCUGGUCAUUAUCGACGUUCCCGAUGCGCUCAUGGUGACCACGCGCGCUCGUUCGCAAGAAGUCAAGACGCUUGUCAAGAAGGCCCAGCGGGCUGGUUUCGCCAAUCUUAUGUAG